GUUCGCGAACGACACAGCAGAAGUACACACGGGAAAGCGGAAGCUAGCGGUGGAGUUGCUUGUGUUGUGAUCAGGGACCGUAACUAAUGUUAUUAUGUUGUAAAUGGUAGUUUGAUACACACAAUUCUAUGGUUACAGCGUUAUAAAUGCAUCUAAAGCUUGUACUGUACCGUCCCCUUCCCGAUAAACCGCCAACUCUUGACUCCCUACUGAAAACCAACGUUAGGAAACGGUAACGCGAGGAGGACAGCGUCGGCUACAAUGAACGCAGUCAGGAGCAAAGACAGCUGUGAAGUUAUUAAAAACUACCACAAACAGGCGUUUGACUAUGUCUCGAAGGCUUUAAGAAUCGAUGAAGAUGAUACAGGUGUGUAAAUGUGUGUUUCAGCUGCUGUGUUGUAGUGUGUGACAGCUGGUAAACACCCUCCCUGUGUGUGCGUCUGCGUGUGUGUGUGCUGACAGGAGACAAGGAGCAGGCUGUGAUGUGGUACAAAAAGGGGAUUGCUGAGCUCGAAAAGGGGAUUGCGGUGGAGAUCACAGCACAAGGUAAUGCCCAAACACAAACCCAGGUGCUCAUGGAGGACAGUGUUGAGAUGCUUUAACUAAAAUUUACAUAUUCUGUCACAGCAGGUGAUCAAUAUGAGCGUGCAAAGAGGCUUCAGGAUAAGAUGGAAGCAAACCUCACCAUGGCAAAAGACAGACUGGCCCUCUUGGGUAAGAUGUCCCCCUCAGGUUUAAGCUCUCUCUGCUGCUUGUACAGAUUAUUAAAGACACUAAAGAUCAAUGUUGUUAUUAUUUUACAGAAACAACAUUGGCAUCCAGAAGGAGAAGUGCCCCCCAGAGGAGUUUUACUCUUCCUCAGCCGAAAGCUGUUCCUAAAAGCCAGCCUGCAGCUCGAGGAGUAUCCUCCAACAUCAGACCCUCUACUGCCGUCAGACCUGCAGCUGGACCUGCUGAUUCGAGGGUGAUUACAUUCACCUGUGAUCCCCUUAUCCCGCUUUUAGUUUGAUAUUUUUCUGUCUUUUGUUUAUGUUGCCCCAAUUCCUGUAGACUGAAUUACUAAACUGAAUGAAAACAGUGAAAAAGUACAGAUAGGAAGAAUAAAUGUGAAAUCGAUUAGUAACCUAAAGAGGCACAAACUCUGACAUUGUUUUUGGGUUCAUGAUAAAUCUUGAAAAUCAGUUUUUAAAAGUGCCUGAUCAUCCGUCAGAGGACUGCUACAGUUAGCUCACUUGCAGCUGCUGCUUCUCCUUCAUUUUGUUUUAUUUGUUUUGUUUUAUUCUGGAUCCACCAUUGAUUACAACAAAAUAUGCAGUAGCUACUCUUCCCAGGGUCCUUAUCUUCUUUUUCAUUUUCAUUUUGAACUUAAACAUGUACUUACAGACAUUACACUUACAUAACACUCAUUCUUCACUUGCUUCAUACAGUCACUCUUAAUUUCUCUUGCUUGUUGAAAAAUAAACCAAUACGUAAAUAAGAUGAAGAAAGAAAAGUGAAAAGACAAAGAAGAAAAACAGAACACUUAAUCCAUUCAACUUCGUCUCUCCUGUUUUUUUGCUUGUGCUAACCAGCGUAGGUUUACCACAACAUGGACUUGUAGUUCUUGCACAAUACCUGCUUUUCAUUUUUUUAAAAAGACAGGUAUUGUUGAUGCCGUGUAUGUAGCAACAGCCCUCGUGUCAUGUCAGUGACAUGCAGGACAGGGGCCAGGAAAGGUCUUGGCUGUAGCCAGCACUAUAGGACUGAAGCUUCUGUACACGCAGUGUGCAACAUAACAACCAGGAAGCCAGUGCCUUGAACUUUCUGAUUGUAAUGAGUUUUUUUUUGUAAUGCUCUCACUAAGGUGGCUCCACGGACGGGAAGAGCUCCGAAUGGAAGACCUGCAGCUGUCAGACAGCCUCCAAAGAGGGAUUUGAAAAACUUCAAAAAUGUGGACAGCAAACUGGCCACCCUGAUUCUGAAUGAAAUUGUCGACAGGUAUUUUAACUCUGAGCAUUUUGUUAGAAACAGAAUUCAACAUGAAAUCCUGCAGCAGAGAUGAGGUAUGUUUGUUCGUUCAUUUCAGCGGAGCGUCUGUUGCUUUUGAGGACAUCGCAGGACAAGAUCUGGCCAAGCAAGCCCUUCAAGAGAUCGUCAUCCUCCCCGCCUUACGACCAGAAGUAAUGACAUGAAAAUUCAUUCUCCUCUUUGCCCUCUUCAUUUCUGUUUUACUUAUCUUUCUCACCCUGUCAUUCAGCUCUUUACUGGCCUGAGAGCUCCGGCGCGUGGUUUGCUUUUAUUCGGCCCACCUGGAAAUGGAAAAACAAUGCUGGUAAGUUACAUUUUCUGUCUUACAGUAAACCCUCAGAACUGUGUUUCACAUUCAGCGCAGAGCUGCUGAUACUUUACCUUUUGUGUCACAAGGCCAAAGCAGUGGCAGCCGAGUCAAACGCCACCUUCUUCAACAUCAGCGCUGCAAGUUUAACCUCUAAAUAUGUAAGAAAACACUUAAGUUGUCCAUUUUGUGCAGUUAACUAAAUUUAAAAAUGUUGUUUUCAUUUCCCUAACCUCCCCUGUUUUCACUGUCUCAGGUAGGAGAGGGUGAGAAGCUUGUACGAGCUCUCUUUGCUGUUGCCAGAGAGUUGCAGCCCUCUGUCAUAUUCAUCGGUUUGUAACACAGUAUCCUGAAAAAAUGUGCCUGAAACACAAAUUUUCCCCCAGAUUUUGAGCUCAUUCAAGGUAAAUACCUCUCCUUGUUUCUAGAUGAAGUUGACAGUUUGCUGUGUGAGAGGAGGGAGGGAGAACAUGAAGCCUCUCGCCGAUUAAAGACCGAGUUCCUGCUGGAGUUUGACGGGGUAAGAGCAGCAGCUGUCGCCCUGAAAUCUGAUCAUGAAGCAGCUUCAGAGAGUCUCAGUUGUCACAAAGAGCUUGUGUGUUUCAGGUGCAGUCGGGAAAGGAUGACAGGGUGCUGGUGAUGGGAGCCACCAACAGGCCUCAGGAGCUGGAUGAAGCAGUGCUGAGGUACAUGAUGGUGCUGCACAGGAACUGUUUAGAUGUUAAGACAUGUACGGACAGUUGGACAGUCUUUGGGAGAGGCAGGGAACAUCCACUCACGCAGACGGUCAUUUUCAGAGCUCUUCUCACCAGAUCUUACUGCUGCAAGGCUAUGAAAGUCUUCCAAUAGCACUAGAGUGACCUCUCUGUCUGCUCCAUAUUUGCUUCCAUUCAGCGGUAUACUACAAAGUAAAUGUAAGUAAAUGUAAACACAAGCAAAAGAUACUCUAGACCUUGAAAUUCUGCCUAAAAAGAACUAUUGGUCUGUUUCUCCUCUACAUGGAUCACCACUGAAAGUUGAUAUAUGAAGUCCAGUCCCCUCUUAAGUGAUAGAGAAGUGAAAGUGACUUGUGUGGCAGUAUUUGGAAAUAUCUUCAACUGAGAGAGCACGAAGGGGCACAACCUUUGAGAUAUCAGAAAAACUUAUCUCGCUUCUGCAGUUUUAGAAAACUAACCUCCGUUUCUCUCUUCAUGUCUCAGGCGCUUCGCUAAAAGAGUUUACGUGACGCUGCCAGAUGAGCAGGUAUUUGGAAACAUUCAUUAAUUUGUCAAUUUGAAAAUAAAUGGAGUAAAAUUUUAAUUAUUUCAAUUUUUUGUGACAUUAUUCUCCCUGCAGACAAGAUUCACUCUGCUGAAAAACCUGCUGGGAAAACAGGGAAAUCCUCUGAGCUCCAACGAGCUCUCCUAUCUCGCAAAGUAAGUUUCAUAUUAAUGCGCCUCACUAACUCGACCUCAUGACCUUUAGUGUUAACUCGCACAUAUUUCUGAUGAUGUCACCACAGAAAGACAGCAGGAUACUCAGGAAGUGAUCUCACGUCAUUAGCCAAAGAUGCAGCUCUGGGACCAAUUAGAGGUAAGACGUCAGACUAAUGUGGAUUUUAGCCUCUGUGGGGAACUUCAUUCAUGUAAAAGUUCUCUUUUUGGCAGAGUUGGGACCAGAACAAGUCCGAAACAUGGCGGCUAGUGAGGUAAUGUUGCUGAAAUCCUCCUGAUUAUGUAAAUAACCCAUUUACAUCACAGUAUUUGUAUAUUUAUAAACCGUUUUCUUCUUCGCAGAUGCGUAACAUCAACAAGAAAGACUUUGAGGAUUCUCUGAAGCGCAUUAAGCCCAGCGUCAGUCCGACCACUCUGAACAUGUACGCUCAGUGGAACAAAGACUUUGGUGACACAACAGCUUUUUGAACCUCUGCCCGUUACCUGUUAAGAAAAACUGACGAGGACAGUUUUUCCCUCUGCUUUUGCUCGAUGGAGGCGAGAUCUCACUUAAACAAAAGCUUUUCUAAAUUAAAGCUGCAAUGUACAAACAUGAUUAAAUCUGGGAGCAUUAUUAGAGCUUUUCCCGUUUUAUGGAAAGACUUUGCUAUCAAGAUUUAUAUCCGUUUCUUUACUGAACUAUUACACUCCUCAAACACUGUCAAACUUCAUUAUUUAUUUUUGAGGAUUCCCUGCAAAAUGACUCAACCUCUCUCUUGCCUCUAGAGGGCAGCAAACGUCUAACUCCUCACUUUACUUCACAUAUCGGGAUAAUUUUGCACAUACAAGAAUUACCUAAUGUAUUAAAAUGAUGGUAUUAAUCACCAAGUGCUCUGUGCGCUCGUACACAUGCAGGUGUGAUAAUAAUUGGGAGCAGAUUAAACAAAUGGCGUGCUUGUCUCAUUCAUUCAUGUAGGUAGAAACAGACAGUGUAUACUCCUGACAGUGGUGUGCUGAAAGUCUUUUUGGGGGCAAAAGUUGAACAUUUAAAAGUAGAACUGUAGUAGCUGCCCUCUCUCCCUGUAUGCAUCAAUAAAAACAUUCAUGAAAGUUUCUGCA